GCCACCCCGGGAACCCUCGGGAGCGGGAUCCGCGCGCCCGCCUCGAGUGGCCCGUCCCGCGGCCGGCCCGAGGGACCUGCAGCCAGCACUGUCGGACGCGGGCGACCAUGGUCCCGGGCGACAGCCCCGAGUGCCCCCGCGCCCGCGAGGACCGCGCCGCCCCGCAAGUGGCCGGCGGAGACAGCGAGAGCUGCAGGGCCCGCCUCCACCAGCUGAUCGCCAAGGAGGUGCGCAUCCGGGCGGGUGCUGAGAACCUGUACAGAGCCACCCGCAGCGCCCGGGUGAGGGAGAUGGUGGCCCUGGAGCUCUGUCGCAUCAACAGCGGCCUGCAGCUGCUCAGGGAGGAGCUGCAAGGGCUUGGCGGGGGCAGCGUGGACGGAAACCCGCCCGCCAGCGCCAGCGCCGACGUCCCCCUCAUCCCUCUGGGCCUGAAGGAGACCCGGAGGUUGGACUGGGCCCCAGCCCUAAAGGAGCUGAUCUCGGGGCACUUCGGGGAGGACAGCGCCUGCUAUGAGGCCGAGAUCCAAGAGCUGGACGAGCUGCGGCAGGCCACGCGGACCCCAAGCUGGAGCGAAGCCAGCGUGGAGGUGCUCGCAGCCUACUACACGCAGCUGGGCUUCCUGGACGCGCGCUUCUCGGCCCCCGGCCGGGGCCUGCGGCUGCUCUUCCACUGGUAUGACAGCAUCACGGGCGUCCCAGUCCAGCAGCGGGCCCUGGCCUUCGAGAAAGGCAGCGUCCUCUUCAACAUCGGGGCCCUUCACACCCAGAUCGGGGCGAGCCAGGACCGCACCUGCCUGGCCGGCACGGGCCGGGCUGUGGACGCCUUCCAGAAGGCCGCAGGGGCCUUCCGCCUUCUGCGAGAGAGCUUCUCCCACGCGCCCAGCCCGGACCUGAGCCCGCCCUGGCUCCUGGCACUGGAGCGGCUCAUGACAGCGCAGGCCCAGGAGUGCAUCUUCCAGGGGCUGUCCCUGCAGGCCCCCCACAGUGGCCCUGCCCAGCUGCUCCUGGCCCAGGAGGCCGCCCAGGUGGCCACCGAGUACCGGCUGGUGCAUGGGGCCAUGACCCAGCCAGCCCUCCGGGACCUCGUGCCGCUGGCCUGGGCUGCCCUAGCGCUGGUCAAGGCCGAGCACUUCCAGGCUCUGGCCCACUACCACGCCACCCUGGGCCUCUGCGAGGGGCCUGUGGCCCCCGCGGACCUGGAGCGCGUCUUCGCGGCCCCCGGAACUCCUGCGGCGGCGUCACCGGAGCCCGAGGAGCGCAGGAGGCUGGGCCAGGCCCACCUGAGGCGCGCCCUCCGGGGCCACGAGCGCGCCCUGCGGCUGCACGCGCGGGGCCGGGCGCUGCGCACGCUGGACCCGCUGCAGGCCGCGCUGACCCAGGCGCUGCGGCGGACGCUGGCCAAGUACUCGGAGCUGGACCGCGAGGAUGACUUCGGCGAGGCUGCGGAUGCCCCGGACAUCAGGCCUAAGACCCAGCAGCAGCUCGAGGUCACGACCCCCAGCUUCUCCCGGCCAGAGGCGGCUGACAUCUUCCGCAGGCUGGGGCCCCUGCCUGUGUUCUCAGCCAGGAACCAGUGGCGGCUGGUGGGGCCCGUGCAUGUGACGCCAGGAGAGGGUGGCUUCGGCUUCACGCUGCGGGGGGACGCGCCUGUCCUCAUAGCCGCCGUCAUUCCAGGGAGCCCGGCCGCGGCGGCCGGCCUGAAGGGUGGCGACUACAUCGUGUCUGUGAGGGGGCAGCCCUGCCGGUGGUGGCCGCGUGCAGAACUGGUGGCCCAGCUGAGGGGCGUCGGCGCCGAGGGCGUGAGCCUACAGGUGGCCACCCCGCUACCCAGCCCUGAGCCACCUGCCAUGGGGACCUGCUGAGGAGCCAGGCACCUGUGACACCAGCCCUGGACCGUGCCGACUGGAGCCACAGAGUCCAGAGGGACAGGACCCCACCUGUGCCGCUGGGGCUGGGG